GAGUAACUAGCACAGGAAUGACAGGAGUGCCCCGGACGCAACUUUCGCUCUGCUCGUUCUUCUCCCUCCUGGCCUCGUCGCUUCCAACUCGGGAGGCUCCAGAGCUCCACCGGCCGACGAGAUGGCCUCGCCGGCCAGCAGCGCCUCCGAUCAGGUACUGGUGGAAGCAAAUGGCUCUACACGGACAUUGAUUUUGAAUAGGCCAAGGCAGUUGAAUGCCCUCUCCUCUGCAAUGGUUACAGGACUUCUGAGGUGUUUCAAUUCUUAUGAGGAAGAAAAUGCAGUUAAACUGUUGAUUGUGAAGGGUAAAGGGAGAGCAUUUUGUGCUGGAGGUGAUGUUGCUGAAGUUGCCCAGUCUGUAAAUAACGAUACCUGGAAAUAUGGUGCUGAUUUUUUCCGAACUGAAUUUUUGUUAAACUAUAUCAUUGCAACUUAUAGCAAACCACAGGUUUCUCUACUUACUGGAAUUGUCAUGGGAGGAGGUGCUGGUGUUUCUAUACAUGGAAGGUUUCGUGUUGCCACAGAGAACACGGUUUUUGCAAUGCCAGAAACAGCAUUGGGACUCUUUCCAGAUAUAGGGGCUUCUUAUUUUCUUUCUAGACUACCUGGGUUCUAUGGAGAAUAUGUUGGCCUUACUGGUGCAAGGUUAGAUGGUGCGGAAAUGCUUGCAUGUGGCCUGGCAACUCAUUUUGUCCAUUUGAAUAGGAUGUCACUGCUUGAAGAAUCGCUUAAAAAGAUGGACACUUCUGACCCGUUUGAAAUAUGUGGAAUUAUCGAUCAAUUUUCACAACAGCCAUCCAUAAAAGAAAGCAGUACUCUGAAUAGACUGGAAAUCAUCAACAAAUGCUUUUCGAAAAGAACAGUCGAAGAAAUCGUAUCUGCUCUUGAACAAGAAGCUGCAAGUGCGACUGAUGAAUGGGUAACUGCUGCAAUCCGAUCAUUGCGGAAGGCUUCUCCAACUAGUCUGAAAAUCUCUCUCGCAUCGAUAAGAGAAGGAAGACUGCAAACUGUUGGCGAAUGCUUGCGCCGAGAAUAUAGAAUGGUUUGCCAUGUGAUGCGUGGUGACUUUAGCAGAGACUUCUUUGAGGGAUGCAGGGCUAUAUUAGUUGAUAAAGAUCGAAACCCAAAGUGGAUGCCUCCAAGUUUGGAUCAAGUGCACGAUGGGGUUGUUGAAAAAUAUUUCUCCAAGGUUGAUGACCCACAGUGGGAAGAUUUGAACCUACCCGCCAGACGUUUUCAAGGGAGAAGAAUUGUUCCCAAGCUUUGAUUGAGAGUUUUAUGUGGAGGAUUCACCAAGACUGGAUGAGUGGACCAUGAUCAAUACCUAGUAACAUAUCAUCUCCAAUCUGAGACAACUUGAAAUAAAUAUGAAAUACGCAUUGUAAAUUCACUUGUAUUGCUACAAAAGAAAAACACAGGUCUGAAUAAAGCAUGUCCGAAGGAUUCAUUC